AUGGCAAUCAAGCUGUUAGCCUUUUUGGCCAUUUUCUGUGCCCUGACAAUCGCCUACAGUGAUGCCCGUCACGUAUCUGGACAUCGUGAACGCACACAGCACGGCCAGCAACACCGCGCACUGAUUGCCAAGCCCCAUGUGGCACAGACUCGCGUCUUUCCAGGUGCCGUGGCCAUCAAGAAGCUGGUCCUCCUGAAGUUCAAGAAAAUCGUGCCAAUCUCACUGAUCCUGCUCAAGUCCAGCAACGAGAACGAGGCUGAAUUGGUGCCCGUCUAUCCUACCGAUCAGAUACCCACGAAUGUGCAAUUCAUACCCACGCCCAAUGGCAUUUCGGGCCACAAGGAUGUCCAGGCCAUUGCCAUACCCAGUGAACUGCACGACCAACUUCAAAUUAAUGGCCUCUCGAACCUCGAGAACAUUGAGGCCCUUCUACAGAACAGCGCCAUUUCCUCGUCAGAUGGUGAUAGCGAAACGACUCCCAUUGGCAGCAGCAUUGCAGUGGCCCAACCUGAGGAUGCCCCUCUGAACGUUGCCGAAAACGACGAGGACCAGAUACUAGAGGGCGCCAGUGUGGAGCAGCAGUCAGCUGGUAAGCCAACCGCUGGUCUGCGCCGCCUCUCUGCCGAUGAGUUGGUGCGCUCUGGAGUGCGCAACUCGGCCCAACAGCUGCAGACGAGCGUCGAGGAGAUUCCCCUGCUGCUCUACUCCGCGACUGAUGGAGCCCAGUAUGCGCAUGGGGCCGCCGGACACUUCAGUGGACGUCGGUACGUGGCGGCCACGCCAGCACAACAAAGGCAG